AUGACUGUUAACAAAGAGAACCCUUGCUUGACUUGGUUCAACAAUGAGAAGAAUGUCAUAUAUGCUGCGAUAGGUGCAGAUGGAGCCCCAUUUGGAAAAGAUGACAAUGCAACAGGUAAGUAUAUCCCUAACUUAUUAAGACGGUAAUGUGCCGUACUGUGCUCAACAUUGUUUUUUUAUUGUCUUAUGCCAGACAAUUUUUCUCCUCAAUGGGGAGACCCUUGCAGUGUAGUGUGUUAAAUUAACAAAACUAUCUGCCAAUAUUGCUUAUUCUACUCUGUUUAACGCUGGACGGUUCUACUUGACAAGAGGGGAUAGUUGCAUCUUAAAGAGUUGUGUGCUAAAGUUAAGUAUACAAUACAAUGCAGUGGCAAGUUAAACGUUGUGUGAUUGGUUAUUUCAUAUCGCUAUACCGGCACCCACCCUAUUGUCUUAGACUUCGUUCACAUCCAUCAGCUAUUGCCAAAAGCACUGUACCACAACAUUGCUAGUGGCAUAUACUGUAUGCCACAUAUAAGACUUAAAAAAUGCUAACUUGCAUGUAAAUAAUACACUUAAUAUUUUUUCUUUUCAGCAUAUCUAGUCAGUUUUCUGAACCUCUUCCAGGGUGUGCAGAGUUGUAACAACAAUCACUUGUUGUUUGGUGCUAACUGUGAAGAAGAUCAUCCUCUUCUGAAGAAGUAUACUGAGCACUUGACAAAAGAAAUGGAAGAAAUUGAAGGAAAAUGCUGGAAAACAGAAAGAGGGUAUGAAGUCACCUUUAAGUUAAAAUUGAUCCUAGCUGAUCAGAAAUGGGUUGCAUCUAUGUCAGGUGAGCUGAACAAUGCUGCAACCUAUUUCUCAUCUUUUGCAAAUGUGAACCAAGAUAACAAAGGAACUAUGGGCAGUUCGAUUGGUGAACAUUCUAGUGCAACAUGGAAACCUUGGAAUUAUGACGACCGAAUGGAAACGGUGAAAAAGGUCGAAAAAUUCAAGAAAAUGCUAAAGGAUCCUGUGACAAAGGAAAGAAGUAAAGUUACUGCUUUCAUAUCAAAGGAAAGAUCAAGGCAAGAAUAUGCACCUGCUCGUGGUAAAUAUGUUGACUGUGUGAAAGCAGAGCCGCUUCAUAACACCAAUAAUGCAUGGCAGCAUUUGUUUACAUUUAUGUUAGCCAUAGCGAUGCAAUACACCAAUCCUAAUGUGCUCAAGGCAGUAACUGCUUUUACUGAACUUACAAGUUCAGUUCCAAUUGUAAAGUUUAUGUACUGCAUUAGGAACGUUGUGAAAAGUGGACGCCUUUCCAAGAGCUUUACGCGCUGGUUUCGUGAGAAAAGGAAAAAUAAAAUUAGUUUUUCCUACAGGUUUACUGGGUUAGAGUCCAAGAAAUUUUCCUGGAACUUUGCUUUCGCUAUUCAGGAACUUUUGAAUUUUGACUCAAUCAAGCAGAGUACAAAGCUUAAAUUGCAUGCUUUGGCUUUUGCAGCACUGCAGUUGAGGGAGGCUGUAGCUAUAUACAGCAGGAUUGAAGUAGAUAGAGAAUUAAUUCAGAAAUUGUUUCUGAAAUGCAAUAACUAUUUCCACACAAACUGCUUAUUUCUCGGUAAUGCUGUGUGCCCCACAACCUGGACAGUUGGAUAUGCAAUUCCAUACCAUUGCAACCAGUUGUUUGAGAGCAUUGGGUAUGGAUUGGGUUUGAACACAAUGCAGGGAAGAGAGGCAAAACACAUCAAAUUGGCUAAGUAUGUUCAGAACACAUGUAAUGUGCGAAAGAGUGACAGAUGGUGGGUUGUCUUUAGACAUGAGUUUGUGUCCAUCGUGUGGAUGAGAGAGCUUGACCCAAUGAGUACCACUUACCAGUCAAAACGGAAACCAGGAAAGUCAUAUGUACCUAACAGGAUCAUUAAAAAUCCAGGAAGGUACUGUUUCUGUGGAAACACAAUGGAACCAGAAAGUAACACUAAGUGUGUUGCAUGUUGUAGUGAUAUAAUGAGCAUGAUACAACAGAGUGUAACAGAUUGUAAGGUUCACAGUUCUUUGAAAGAAAUGUUUGAUGAGGCUAUGUAAAUGUGAAUACACUAGCGAAAAGGUAUUAUUAACCCUUGUUGUUCAAUUACAAGAAAAAAUGAAUACAGGAACUAUGAUAUUCAUUAAGAAAAAAUUAAUACAGGAAAAACUGAAUACAGGAACUAUGAUAUUCAUUAAGGUUAUUCUAUUGAUCAUAAGAAAUACACUACCAUUACAGAGUACAACUCUUAUUUUGAAUUAAUUGUCUAGAUUGAUCAUUGAUAAG